CGAUAAUGGAAUUUUUCUUCUUUCAUUAUGAUAAAGUAAAUAUUGCAUAUCGAUGUCCAUCUUACUAAUGAGUAAUGUAGUAAAAUCUUUCGUCGGACAAGCAUUUCAACCAGAAACUGCCAAUUUUGAAUUUAUAUGUACAGUAUCAUGAAGACACUGGGAUAUUCAGGAAAGCAACCGGAAUUAGCCUCCGGUGACCAUGUUGGGAUUCUGAAAAAGAAAAUGGCGAACACCUCAAGGAAAAGAACAUCGACAUUUUCCAUGAAGGACCGAUGGUCUAGAGAAACUUCGGAUAAGUUACGGGAGAACUAUUCACCAAAACCUCCACUCCGAACUACGAGGAUUUACAUUAAGAACGGACAAACAUAUUCAUACAAAUUAGGCAUACACUUUGAAAACUUUAAAAAGUACUUAGAAAUCAUACAUGCUGAUGGAGAAAAAUACGAACGACUAAAGCAUGAAAUGUAUAAAGAUGAUCCAAGCGAGUCCAAAACUGACUCAUUUGAUCAGAAUCUGGAUAUGAUUUACAGAUUAUCUUCACCGCGGAAAUUGAAUCCAAUAAGUAAAUAUGACCGCCCAAGGAAUACUCCGAGAGUUUGUGAGUUACCUGAUAAAAAGGUAGCGUUAUUCGUACCAAGCUCGAAACUUGAAAGUAUCUGGAAAAGUACGCUAAGAAAUGGUGAUUCAGCAACAGACAUGGUUACAAAGAAGUACAAUACGGAAGAUAAGAAUGUGUCAAAAUCAAUGGAUCAUAUUGACAAUAAUAAAGGCAGUAUAAUUACAAGUGAUAAUGGCAAAAAUCGGAGAAAAUCCAAAUUUUCAGUUUCCGCGUCCCUUCCUCCUAUUAAGAGCUCUGAGACUCAUAAAAAUAACAGAUUAAAAUGUGAAACAUAUAACAAUGGUGUUUCCUAUGAAACAGAUAUUCCAUCUAUUCCAAAUAUAAAUAACAAGUCAACAUUUAGCAGCUUAUCAAAAAACAAAACAGUUCACAAUAAUCUCACAUUACAAAAUAAUAAACCAUCAGACAAAAAAUCAACCAAUGCUCUACGAAAGCAAAGUAAACGCGUAGAACGACAUGGAGAACAAAUUUCAAAUAACAAUGUGUCUGAUGAUAAGAAUAAAUAUGGAAUGCAUACACGGAAAGAAAUUCAACAAUCAAUCCUUGGUUGUUCAGAAACACGCUCAGAUAGCGAUCGAUUUUCCGGUGAUGAUCCACGAAACAAAGCUCCAAAAUAUCGAUACAUUUUUACAUCGUCUCCUACACCAGUACGAGUUUAUGUACAUUAUAUAUCCGAGGAACAGCAAAAUUCCAAAGCCAUAAAACCACGUAACAUGAGCCAGAGGACGUCCCUGUCUUCCGAGAGUACGUUCAGCAUCCCAAGGGCGGCGGACGAGGCAAGAGCUAAGCUGACAUCAAACUCAAGAAAGUUGCUGGCGAACAGACUGGUGUAUGACAAACAAUGUUUAUCAUUUCACCCACCUGAGGUUAGCUUUAGAAACAUGUCAAGAACAGCACUGGUUACCUUGAAGGCUGCAAGACACGUACGAAAUCAUUUACUCUGAAGACAGACCAACAGACACAACAGCGGACAGACGACUCACUCGCAUUAUUGAUAAUAUUAGUUGGAAGGACAAAAUCAAGCACACCAUUUCUCGGAUUACAGCAGCGAUUCAACUAUAUCAAACAUUAUAUUAAAAAUAGUUUUAUUUUCAUUUAUUUCUUGAAGCAAAAUUAGUAAUUAAAAUAUAUGUGUAGUGUAUAUUGCAACUAUCGUAAUACUAAAAUAUCAAUGUUUGUACUAUUACUGCUUUGAUAGGAUGACGAGAUUUCUUUAGAUUCCAGCUGGUGCUAGCCUUUCCCCUUCUUUGAUUUGUUUUUCUGACUUUUAGUACCAGCUUUAUUUGAGUCUUUAUUUUUGAUUCUCAAGUCCGAAGUAACUUGCAAUGCAACAUCGGGUAACGUCUUUAUUUUUAAUGAUUCAGAUAGUCUAUUUUUCGUUGAUUCGGAUGUCAAAUAUCUCUUUUCUCUGGGCUUUGAUGAAUCUGGCCUAUCGUCUUCAUCAUCCGAUUCUUCAGGCUUGCCAGCAUUCCUUCGUUUAUCUCUCUGUUCUUCUUCAGCACUGAAAACAAAAUGGUAUGUAUGUCUAAUACAUGUACAUCUGUAUAAUAUACAUAAAAAUAAACAUUAUUUUAUAGCUUCCAAUGCUAAGAGCAAUUGAAUUUUUGUAAAUCACAACUGGCAAAGGGCGAAUUCAGGAAUACGUUAUAAUGCAAAUGAAUGCCCUCGUAUCGUGUUAUAAAGGCCUAGUGGGGCACUCAGUAUCGGCCACAAAACAAAGUUCAAUUUGAUAAUACAUGUAAGUCCUGUUGUUUGUUGUUAUUACUGUACAUUAAGCUUUGAUUACCUUUAAUACUGUGUAUGAAAACUUACAUGAUUAAAAACUUCUGGCACUCUACUUGUCCAUAACGUUCCGCAAUAUCCCGUGGUGUAUCACCAUACACAUCUCUCUUGUAAACACAUAUGUUAGCGUUGUGUAGGGCUCUUAACACAUGGAUACGACCACACUCCGCGGCGCAAUGGGCGGGGGUCCAGCCGUUGUCCAUACGAGGGUUUCCAACAGCACCAUUGUUCAGAAGUAAACGGAUUACCUCAACGUAUCCUGAAAAGUUAAAUCACCAUAA